AUGUCGCCCUCCAAGCCCACCUCCUUCUCUUCCACCGUCUCCUCGGGCACCGCCGCCCCCCGCCGCCUCCCCGGUCACCGCGUCUUCAAGAAGACGCGUCUCGACCUACUGCCGGUCGAGCUGGAGCUCAAGAUCUGGGCGUACGUAGCCGUCGUGCAGCCGCGGUUGUUGGUGGCGUGUGCGGCGUCGGACCCGGGGUGGAUAGUCACGACGUUCCACCACAUGGCGCAGCAGCGCGUGGUGCCGCGCGAACUCGCCGCCGAGAUGUACGGCAUGCUGGAGCGGCAGCUGACGGCCAAUAAUAAGCUGCGCAGCACCAUGGCCGACCCGUUCCGGCCGUCGUCCCGCGCGUUCGGCAGCUUCCCCGGCAUCCCCGGCCCGGCGAUCCUGUUCAACCCGGACGUCGACGUCGUGCUGUUCGGCCGCGCGCUGCUGUACACGCCGACGCGGUGGGGCUACCAGAACUGGCCGCACCUCGAGCAGCGCCGCGAGUACGCGCUGAUCAAGCACGUGGCGGUGCACGUCGAGCCGGCAGGGCGCGUCGAGCUGGCGGCGGACCCGGCCGACCCCGACCGGUGCAUGGUGAGCGGCGUCGCCGGGCUGCUGGAGCUGAUGGUGCAGCUGCCAGCACUCGAAACCAUCGGGCUGGUGGUGCCGACGACGGACGACGGGGCGACGGCCGACAGCAACGCGCGGCAUCGGGUGACGGCGGCGGCGCUGCUGGGCAAAGAAGACAGCGGCCUCAGCAGCGAGGUGCCGAUCGUGAGCGAAGUGCCGGCCGACUUCGCCGGCGAGGUGUGGGCGGGCGACGGGCACUUGCCCUAUGGCCAGCACCACCGCACCAUCACGUACACGGACGUGGCGGCACAGAGCGGUGCGCUGCUCGCGGCGGCGAUGGCGGCACAGCCCGUGCCCUGGCAGUCGCCCGGGCUGCCGGUGCGUGCGGCGCCGGCCGUGCGCCCCCUGUUCGUUAAGCUCCGGCCCGACAAGCCCGUCAUCGACAUCGCCGAGGUCAGCAUGCUGCACCUGAGCUGGCCCGAGAGGCAGGCUGUGGAGGCGCGGGCGCGGGAGCAGGCGGCGCGCGGCGCGGCGGCAGCAAAAGAGGCAGAGACUUAA